AGUCUCUCGCGAAUUCAUUGCGAUUCCACUUGUUCGUAAAAACUUUUCGUGUCGUGGUCCCACUGUAUCACAUAAAACAAGCAAGCAAACUCAUUUCGUUUCGGAGUAAGUAAGUGCAUCUACUUACUAAUCCUCUCCUACUAGCCACCCGCGCAAUUUGUCUUUUUCUCUGGGAAAAGAUAUUGCUUCUCUCAUCCCGUGCCUGUGGGCUCGUACGUUUGUAAGUAGAUCAAACGGCAGCUGUACUAGACCCUCUUCGGUUCAACUUGUCUUUCAUCCGCACUAGACGACCUCUAGGAAGUACGUAGUACUCUGUCUAAGGGUCUGUUCCGAAACAUGUUGGUCUUGAAGCCACCUCGGAAGGGAACGACGCCCGUGCUGCUUCUCGCCGGCGGCGUGGUCACUACCAAUGAGGUGUUGGGUGUGUCAGCCCUGCAGGAAAGCAAAGUGAGUAAUGACAAAAAAGAGAAACGGGGAGAUAGUUUGAUGGAGAUUUCGGCGGAUGGAAUACUGAACGCAGGAGUCGAGGAUAUAUCUUUAGAAGAUGACGAUGUUGCUCAAGCGAGCCCGGCUGAUGUGUAUCCCGCUCCCGCACAUAGUACUGUUGAUUCUCCACUUCCAGCAUUUCGGUCCGAGGCAUGCAGAGAAUUAUGCCGUAAGCCUGGCCAACGCCAAGAGCACGAAAACGAAUCAUGGCAACAGUGGAAAGCACUGUCGCACUUCGACUUCUUCAAAAGGGUGCAGGGAAAGAUCCGAACCAGCUCCAGGGGGAUGGCGAAUGAUGGCAAUGAGUUCCUCAGAAGGCUGGAAUCUUGCCCUGACAUGGCUGACAUCAAAACCGCGAAGGAGGCCGAGUUGGAGAGGCAGGCCAAGAAUGUGGCUGAAGAAGCACAAAAAUCGAGCAGGUGGCCGUUUUCCUUUUUGUCGCGUCCUGUCCAACCCCCUGCUCUUGCGAAAACACUGCCCGAAUUGCUGCGCGAGGUGGACCAGAUGACUUUCAGCGUUUCGUCGUGGAUCAAUCCCUUUCUAUGGCGGGGCAGAAAAUCCCAGCGAGAAUCAUUGGCUGGCGCUUUGCAAUCGUACUGUGACAACACAGUCGACGAAGGCGCGCCUGGCAAAUGGUUCGGGAUGCAGACAUUCGACGGAGUGGACGAGCAUGACUCUCUUUCGGUGGCGGAAAACAGGCCUUUACCUCCUUCGGAAGAAACCGAAGAAACAAGCAGCGCCCCCGCUACUUUAUUUCUGCGCGAAUACGUCGGUGAGGUGGAGGGGGGCAUGCAAAACGGGUACGGGAAAAUGGUGUACCACACCAACGCUGUUCAUUGCAAGGGGAGCAAUGAACUAUCCUACGAAGGGCAGUGGAGCAAAUCAAAGCGGUCGGGGAAAGGCACCAUGAGGUACUGCGACGGCUCCGUUUUCGAGGGGGAGUGGAAGGACGACAAGCCGUGGAAGGGGAAGUUGACGUUGAGCGACGGCAGUUUUUUCGAGGGGCAAGUUGAUAUCCUGAGUAGAUAUCACGUCCCCACCCCAUACUUGUUGAGAUGGCUGUGAUUCUAAAGUACCAAACAAGCCAAGAAGUUCUUUUGGCUGUUGCGCAUGACAUUAAGGUUGGGUCUCCAGUGUAUUCUUGGUUAGCUGCUUCUAGUGCAGUCGCGUCACAAAAAAUCGGCUUUCUUAUUCUGAGAAGAGCGCGACAAAUUCCCACUCCCAGAGAGCAUGGAAGCACGCUUCUCGUGGGGCUGCGCAUGCGACAUGUAAUAAUUUCAUCGGACAGUCAGAUUUGCAUGAGAAACAUAAGGUGGGGACGUUUUUGCACGGAAUACAAGGACGGGAGAACAAAGGGAAGAAGUUGAGAAUGCCGUAUAACAAACGGGUCUACAAGCCGCCGGCGCAUCCCAAAAAAUACGAAGGGCCAGCACCAGAGGGCGCUUGCGAUGACGCGAAGAUUGUCAAGGAACAUUCUUUCUUAAGAGAGUUUGAAGGAACAUUAAAACUGAUCAACGGAAAGGAGAAGGAAGUCUUCGACAGCGAUUGGAUCGGUGAGGCGAACAUCGUCUGGCGAUGCUCGGAUGGAUCCGAGCAUCGGUACAGGGGAGGAAUCAAAGGAAACAAGCUACACGGCGGUUGGGGAAAAUCCGAAUACAGAAUCUUCCGGCGAAGCACGCUAAAAGGGUACGGGCCGCAAGAAAACUACGCAAAGAAUCCAAAUCGGUACCUUGAAGAAAUAGAGAAAACCGGACAGUGGGAAGAGAAUGCUUUUAUCAGCGGAACCGAAGUCCUGAUGUUGGCGCCGGAUUUUCGGAAUACAGAUGAUUGCCAGUACGAAAACGGGGCCCCAGUAGUCGGCUUCAAGCGUGUCAUUCGGAAUGGCUUCCAUUUGACCUCCUUCGAAAACAAGGCGGACGAUACCUCGUCUUCCCUUUUCGACGCUUUUGCCGACCAGCUGAAUUUGCUGCAAUACGAAAAUCGUUCCGGCUGGAAGGCAGAGGAAGUUCGGAAAAGACUCGUGGAGCACCCCCAGCACGGUACUACACCCGCUACUCUUCCGGCGGAGGAGCUAUUGGCGCCCCUCGCAAAAGUUUUCGAAGUGCGUGUGGUGACAAAAAAAAGUAGUACCGAGCCGCUGACAAACAAGCCUUAUCCUCUGCCGCAAAAGGCUGGUGCCUGCUUUGUGCCGCGGGAGCGGGUUGCCGAAGAAGCAGUUGCUCAGUACUUUCCGAAGAAUGAGAACGGUGGAGGCCUUCCUUCGACUUCUGCACUGAUGUUCUCCGAAGAACGAACGGUGACCCUGAUGUUCGCCAAAGAGCAAAACCGCUAUUGGAGCGUAGUGGACUGCUAUCUGGUGCCGGGCGGCACGACUUCUGAGGCGACGGCGAGAUGCCCAGACGAAGGAUGACGACCCCACAUCGUGGGGGACGGACAUCGGCGACCUCAUCGUGUAGGACGGUCCCGCGACAGCAGCGACUGGCAGCUAGGACUAGCUGCCCCAUGAUCCUCACGAUUAUCAAAAUUCGUUCAAUGGUUCAGAAGAAGUUCACUUUUGUAGUUUCGGCACACUUUUUGAUUCUUUUCGUUUUGUUCUUAGCAUAUUAAAGUUUUCGUUUCUUUUUGGAGCAACGCUGCGAAAAAACUAUACUUUGUUUCGCAAAUAAUAUACUACUAAACACUUCGACUUUCCAUUUGCAGUCGUUUGAUGAAAGAUGUACCACUCUAAAACUAAAUCCGUAUCCGAUUGCGAGAGCAAUACCAAGUAGCCCCCACUACGACGAUUUUUUCAAACAAGAGACGAUUUUAAUUUCCCGUAAGUAUCCCCAUACUU